AGAAAAUGAAAUGUGAUUUUUUUUUAAUAAUAGACGGACACAUAACUCCAUACGAUGAGGGGAUGUAUUUCACGUACGUCACUUCUGAAAAAUGUAGACUUGAGAAAUGAAGCUUAUAUAAAUAUAUACAAAUACAACAUGUGCAUAUCACUGCAGGCAUAGCCGCUGCGCAUCACAAAGUGCUGCAAUAACUGUUAAUUACAUCACUAAAACCUCACUUUCUUGAACACCUUAUUCAGUAUUAACCCCGAAUGUAUAACGUACGUGCUGUAAAGGCAUAACUUUUGUUUAAAAAAAGAACGCACGCAUUAAACACAUAUGUCAAAAAUAUACUUUCUAUCAAGAAUCACCAGUUCAACGUAGAAGUUCAAAAUGUUUUCCUUGUGUAAGACAGAAUAUAAUUUAAUACAGAACAAAGAAAGAGUGUACGUGUACAUAUAAGGACAUAAAACGAAAAUGGUUCUAUACACAAUAUAUAUAUCUAGGAACAGGCAUUUGACAUUUUGUUUAUCCAGUCAUCCAUAUGCACAGCUCUUUCUCAUUCUUGUUUGUACUUCUCACCACGUGAUUUAUUUUUAUUUUUGGAUGGACCUUUGCCAUGCCACAACAAAAACAAUGACUCUAUCCACGAACUCGAUCUCAAUAACCCUUUGCCAGCCACUUGUGUAUAAAAAGAGAGACUACUCUUGGCGUGCGAGUCAUCAGUGCGAAAACACUGCCAGACGCUUUCAGGAAAUGGAACGAUUCUGAUAAAUUGGAAGAAAUGGCUUUGAAUGCCUAUGCUGAAGACACAGACAAUGCAAAACUGUUAUCAUCAUGCGACUCUCCAUCAGAAGUGGUCAACAGAAUGCCAGUAGAUGAGAUUUCUGACUCGCCCAAAGGAUGGAGGAGACAUCGAGACACGCAGACACGAAUUUCAUGCGAUGAGUCUCCGCGGUUGUCACGUAAUAGGCUCAGGCACCAUCCUACAAUGCCCUCUGCCAGUCGGUUUCUAGAAUCUAAUUAUUGUGCACCCAACAUGCAGGACAUUCUUACCUCAUCAACAGAGGAGCUCCGUAGUCACAAUGUUCGUCUCCAUUCUCGCCUACCAGCAGCAGUGUGGUAUAUUUUGGGAAAGUCUCUUGGAAUAAAGCUGAGUGCUAAUGAUAAACCAUACAUUGCCACCUUCUUACAUGUGUUCACAGUAACAGCUGCAUUGGCAUAUGCCAUACCAGGGGCAUGGUACACAGUUUGCGACAUCAGCAGUCGGCACUCUAAAACGACCGUCGUCAUUGGGACUCUGCAGGUAGUGAUAGGCUUCAUUUGGGCUUGCAUGGGUGUGUAUGCCCACAAGCUUGCUGGCCGCCUUUUCUCCAACAAAAACUUUGCAGAAUGUGUGCGUGUCCAUUCCAAGACAUUUUUGAAAGUUCGAACCUCGUGGCUUACAUUCCUGUUGGGGCUGCUUGUCACAGGAGGCAACUGCUAUGAGGCAGUGGCUAUGUUUUCUGACAACUCCUGUGAAAUGGUACAGACUGACAUACUUGUCUGCAGGGUGUUUCUCAUUGGAAGAGUACUUUGCACUGCACUGACCCUAAUCUGGAACUGUAUUGUUGCUUAUAUCCUUUUUUCAGUCUGUAGGACACACACUAUUGCUAUCCGCAGAUUUAUGCGAGAACUCACCAUUGAUGCUCAGACAUAUGAAUCAAUCUGUGUCCAGCAGUUCAGCUUGCAAAAGAAUGUGGAUGAUCAAAGUGAAAAUAAAUUAGAAGUUUCAGGCUCUUGGUUCAUUUGGGAGGAUGAUGAAGACGGUGCUUUGGAGAUGGAAACUAACCAGCAGCAUGUAACAUCGCAAGGUGUCUUCCUGCAUUCUAUCCAAGGUCAAAGCAAUAGACGUCUAUCAUUUCCACUGCAGCAAACCCCUAGGCUCCACCAUUUUAACAGUUUUUCAAUCAACAUUGAUGCUGUGGGAAUAGAUGAUGGCAAAGAAAAUAGUGCUAAUGAGGAUUGUGAACCAACAAUACCAUCUGUCAGAGCUGGCAUCACUUCAGGAGUGGAGCCAUUGAGUGAAGAGCCUUUUGAUAAUGACUGGGAAAAGAUUUCACAAGCAUCACAAGCUUCUCUGCACAAUAAGCCUCAUAAUGUGGUUUUGUCUAAUGAGGAUCUUUUGUAUUCCCACUGGAAAUUUGUGCGCCGGUUAUGUGUAACAUCUCGAUACCUUCAAAGAUGGCUAGCAAGCUGGAUUGCAUUUGUAGUGAUUUGGGAUAGCUGCUUCAUCAUCUACUGGACAAAACAUAACGCUUCACUUCUUGGCAUUGUUGAGUUUAUGGUGCCGUUGUUCUUACUGCUGCUGGUGUCCUCUGCCUAUGCUGAAGUCAAUGCUGAAGGACAACGUUUGCCAGUGAAUAUUUGUCCAUUGAGGGAACGGCUCGAUGUGAUAUUAUUCUUUAUUCAACAACCACUGCAACUCAAGGUGUUCAGCUUUGCUCUUACUUACAAUGCCAUAAUGACAGUGGUCUUGGGCUUCAUCAUAGCCUUUGCUUCACGCAUCAUUCUGGAUGAGGUUCAGCUAAAACCAUGAACUGCUGCAGCAUUAUUUGCUGACAUCAUGAUGAAAGGUUUAGUAAUUUCUGAAACCUGCAUAUUGUUGAUGAAAUACCAUUUUUAAAAAUGUAGAUUUCAAGUUUCCAAAAGACAGUAGAAUUUUCAAAGUUAAACUGUUUCUGUUUUUUUGUGCUAAGUGCAAAGUUCUUUUCAAGUGAUUGAAUUUUAUUUAUAACAAUGUAUUUAUUUCUUCCAAAUCUGAGCAAACAUGUCUGUUCUAUUCAAGUCUUUAAAUAAACAUGAAAAUCUGAUAUUUUGGAAAGGGUCAAGACUUUAUUUUCUCCAGCAACACAAAAUAAGCUUUCUGCUAGUGUUAAUGCUAUGGUUAAUAAAUAUGUGAACUAAGCUAUCUUACUGGCUGUGGGCAUUAAUGUGAAGUUAGAAUUAAGGUCAUUCCAUGAGUGCAUUCCCUGAUAAAGACUAAAUAAAACCCCUUUGAAUUUUGUGACAAGUUAAUGACUGGCCAGUCUGUUACAUGUUACAAGUGUUAGGAAGACUUUUCUUAUAAUGCAAAGAACGCAAUAUCCUGGUGUUUGAGCAGUUUUAGUCAUGUGGCGUCUAGCAAUGGAAAAAGUAUACUUAAUGGAUGAUAUUAAAGUGCAUUUUGUUGUCAUUUUGUAAAAAUUCCUUAUUAAAUGUUUCAGAAUAGC